AUGGUAUUGACGCACGAGACCCGCUACGUCUACCCCUUCCACUGGGACGUCGUCACGCGCGCGUUCUGGAACAAGUACCCGAAUAAGCGGCUCGCCCACGUCGAGCGUGUGGAUGUGCUGGACCGGCAGCUGGACGCGCAGGGACGACUGGUGACGACGCGACUGGCCAAAGUGACGCAAACGAACGUCCCCCAAUGGGUCCGCUCGGCUCUCAGUGACUCGACGUACGUGUUUGAAGAAACGAUAUGCGACCCGCAGCGCAAGCGGCUCGUGCUUCGAUCGACGAACCUGUCGCUGCGAUCGGUGGCAACGGUCGAGGAGACGUGUGUGUACUCGGUGCAUCCAGACGAUGAGCACAAGACGUUGUACGAAGCCGAGGCCAAAGUCACUGCUUUCGUGCCGCUAGUGGGUCGCAAACUCGAGAGCUUCUCGGCCAGUCGAGGUGCUGACACGGCGGCCAAAGGCAUUCGAGUUGUUGAAGAGAUUUGCAACGACAUUUUCCAAGGCACCUUCCAGCCGGCUUUCUGUGAGGCCAUGAGAGGCGCCGCUACGGCCUCGGUGGCUGCACACACGACACGAGAGAUGGUGAUUGCAGGGACACAGGAUGCAGACAAACCGUAG